AAAUUCAGGAUGAAGACACUGUUUGAAGAGAUCAAAGCAUCAAUUAAAAAUAACUAUAAUCAAGAUCGCUCAUUUUGGAGGCCUGUUCUUCCUUGGGGAGGUGUUUUUACUAUCAAAGCUGGCCGAAAAGCAGUAUCCUGUACACCACUCUAUGUUGAAAUAAGACUGAAAAAUACCUGCACCAUAGAUGGCUUCUUGAUGUUACUGUAUGUCAUUCUUAAUGAAAAUGAAAAUUUCCCCAGGGAACUCUCUCUUCAUUUAGGUAGAGAGUUUGUAGACUGUUUUCUUUAUUUAAUGGACACCUACAGUUUCACAACUGUGAAGCUCCUUUGGAUUUGGGACAAGAUGGAAAAACAGCAAUACAAAUCUGAAGUUCAUAAAGCUUCAUUAAUAAUUGAUUUGUUUGGGAAUGAGCAUGAUAAUUUUACAAGAAAUCUUGAUAAUCUCAUGUCUACCAUUCAAGAGAGCUACUGUUCCAACUGGCGAUGCCCAACUCGAGUACAGGAAGAUCAGCAGCACAUAAUUAUUAUAAAUCCUCCCCAAGAAAUUCCACAUGGAAACUUGAUACGACUGGCUGUGGAUGAGUUAUUCUGCUCCAAGAUUGAACUGUGUGAAGAGCGUGGGUGUGGUGGCUUAAGAGAAUUUUCCCAACGAGUUUUCUGCCAUGGGGCACCCCCUUUUGUUGUCUUAAAUAUGCAGCACUGGAAAUCUGAAGAUCUGGCAUAUGUACCCUAUUACUUGGACUUAUCAGAUCACAAGUACUUAUUGGAAGGUGCCACAUUAUUUAACAAAGAGGAACAUCAUUAUUCUGCAGCUUUCCAGAUUGAUGGACACUGGAUGCACUAUGAUGGCCUCAGAAAUGUGAAUUUAAUUUUGUUAAAUAAACCCCCAGAGUUUCUUCUCUUGUCAUCAUUGGUUUAUAUUCGAGCAACAGAGAAAUAAAUAUAGACUGAUGCUAAAUUAAAUUGUUUCCCUCCUGCCCAUGCUCCCUAGGUUAAGGGCUUGUUUUGGGUUUACUUGGUAUCCAAGGAAAUAAUUCAACUAUACUAGUUUCAGAGGUGUUUUGCCCCAGGUAAAUGUUUUCUAUAGGAGCUCUAUGCAAAAUGUUUAUAUUUCUUUUUAUAUUUCCUGGGUUAUUUUUAUACAAUCAUCUUAUGUUGAAAUAAAAUAUAUCUUGUAGUUUUGUAUUUUUUAUUUAUAUGUACCUCAAACGUUUGGAUUGUUGUGUCAAGAGUUUGUAUGAUUCUGUCAUCCAAGAGUAUACUUUGUCCUUUAAAUUCUAAAUUUUUCCUUUUGGAUAUCCAAAUAAAAGCUGGAUAGAACUCAAUAUUUCAUUUUAUAUAAACAUAAUAGUUCAAAAUAUAUCUAUUGCUUUGCCUUACCUCACGAUAAUCCAAAGUGCACUAUUGGAUCUGGUAUGGAUUUGAAUGUACAAUGUGCAGAAGGAUUAGUUUAUUUUACCCAUUGAUUUGCAAGUUUGACAAAAUAUAGGUGAGAGUGUUUUUUCUGGGCUAGAAUUAUUAAUAAUGGAAUAUUUCUUUAGCAAGUUGCUCAAAAGUAUUACAAACCUGCUGGUGGAUUUUAAGUAUUAAUUUAGUUUCCAAUCUUAAAGUUAUUGUUUCAAAUAAAUUCUUUAAUUAUCCUAAACAUUUCUCAUCACUAAAUCUUAAUGAAAAUUGUCUUUAAAAUGUUUUGUAUAUAAAUCAACCAUAAGAAUAGUAGCUGAAUAUUUGCUAAUGUUGGACUAGCAAAUAUAAAUGUACUUUGUAUAUUUGAGCAAAAUGAAUGUUUGGGUAUGUUCCUUUUUCAUAUAAAUCUUGUAUUGACAGAAAAAAUACCUAACAUUUGGGAGUGGCAUCUGCAGCCUCUCUUGUAAGUGAUAGAUUGAAAGCAUGAAGUUCUGAUAUGCAGUACACUAGGGUAAGUUACAGGUAUUGUGACCAGGGUUCCCGUUCAUACAUGCAAGGUUUGAUUCCAAACCAAACCUGUCUCCAUGCUCCGUGGAUAGCUGCAGACAAGUUCUCUAUUGCACCUGUCUUAUUCUUGUUAGGGUGUCUGCUAAAAAAGAAGUCCAAUCCAAACAGUGGCUUCUGAGAGGAUCUCCUAGGCCAGUGAAAUUCGAGGCAGAUCAAUGCAGAAGGCUGUGGAGACAGGUUUUUUAGAUUCAAAAAGGGAUAAAGUUUUAUAGAUUUUCCUGAAGGUCACAAGACAGCCACGGAUUUAUUUUAAAGAAGUUUUACAUUAUAAAUUCCACUGGUAAAAGAGCUAGGAAAGUGCAACAAGGAAUUCUUGCCCCGUCAUAUCAAUGCACCUGCUUAUUCUCUGAGGGUUACGAGAUCUGUCCAAUGAGAAUUUGUGAGAAACCCUAUCCCAUCCACCCGACAGCCCUCAGCUGAUCCCGUAUUUUUUCCCCAAAACUCAACAUUGAAAAGGAAUAUUUGAAUCCCUUGAGCAUACUUACACUGCCAUUUGAUGUGUAAGUUGAAGAGCUCAGAAUUCCUUGGAGAAAAGUUAAAGAGAAACAGUAACUUCACAUCUUGAUAUUUUUGUUUAAUGAAAGUUUCUAUUAUUUUUGUUGCAAUACUUUUUACUUACCCUUGUAAGUCACUAAAAUUUUAUAGCUAUCAGACCAUUAUUUUUUUUAUAUACACCCUGAGAGAUAUCUUCCUUUCAGAAGAAAAAGCAAGUUUCUCAAGGGAGAAUGCUUUUUGAAACUGAUCAGCCUCUAUUUUAGUGUUUACAUUUCAAUGCAUAGUCUGCCUUAGUUUGGGGGUUGAUAUUAAAUGCAAUAGGAGACUUAUGUGACAAUGCAGUUCACUGCCAUGUACCAAAUUGCUGAAGUCUAACUCGGAAAAUUAAAUCUUACAUUCAUUUGGUGCCACAUUAAGAUAACUUACUGAGGAAUAGGUAGAAUAGAUAAGCGUGUGUAAUACAACUGAGCAAGUACUAUGAAAAUUUUAUAUAAAAAUUGACUUACAAAAAUAUUUACUACACAGUGUAUUUAAGUGAUGUCUCCGUGUAUUUAAGUAAGAGUUGGCUAGUGGAUGGUGUGUUGGAAGAAAGGCGGCAUCUGCGGUAGAGUUACAGUCGUGGAAAGCCACAGGGACAGUUCGACUCUGUCCUAUAGCGCCUCUGUGAGACAGAAUCAACCUGUGAGCGUAAGUUUUGAGUCCUGAAUCAUUAAAAGAGUCCAUCUUACUGCAUGAUUCAAGUGUACAAAACAGAAGUAUACAUAAACAGUGUCCUUAGUCAAGUUAAUUCUUUGUGAAGACUCUUAGCAUUUGCACUUUAUUUGGAAUAAUACUAGUUAGUUACCAAAACAUGGUUUACCUACCUCACAGGGUUGUUGUGAGGAGUAAGAUGUUUGUUAAAAUCUUGAUCACACGUGCUAAUAAUAAAACAUGUUUUCUAUCUCUUUCAUGUA